AUGUCCGAAAAGAGAAAAUCUUGCAAUGACGAGAAGUCCAAUGAGAACUCCAAAAAGCGGACUCCACGACAAGAUCCAGUCUCAUGUCAAAGCUGUCGCAAGAAGAAACUGAAAUGCGACCGUCAACAGCCAUGCUCGAAUUGUCGAUCCAGGAGGAUUUUUUGCAACUAUGCUGCGGCUAAUGUCGCUCAUCGGUACGCAAAUCCGCAUGUAGCACCACCUUCAACAGCCACGGACUGUCCGCUAUCAACGAGCAGCAACAUCACCACGGCUUCGCAACCGCAGGUUUACCGCACCCAAGGAAUCCUAUCUUCUCAGGAAGCUACGGAGCAGGAACGAUCGACGGACUGGCUCGAAAAUAUCUUGAUGGCUCCCCGUAUUCCCGACGCGUUGCCAAUGUCGAUCAAGAACAAGCUCAUCACGACCAAACAUUCGGCAGUCUCAGUCACAAACUUGACAUCGUUCCUGCCUCGUGAAACAGAAGCACUUGCACAGUUCAACUACUAUGUUGAAUAUGUUGGUUACCUAUACCACAUGAUCAUCCCAAACCAUGUUAAGUCUCAAAUACAUGCAAUCUAUCAAAACAUGCAUGAUGGGUCAUCAGCCGCGGUAGACUUGAAUCACCUUGCCCUUCUAUUCAGCAUUCUCGCCUCAGCAUACUACUUCCAGAACCUAGGAGCCGACUCAGUAUCCGAUAAACAGGUUGAAAAUAGGUGUCACCAGUACAUCAAUCUUAUCACAGAGGCGUUGACAAAGAGCGACUACAUGAACUACCCUACCGUUGAAGGACUUCAAGCUGCUCUUGUGGUCAUUCAAUUUCUUCCAAACCAUGGACAAGACACUUCUGCGCGUGCAUUGUUCAAUCUGGGUUCUAUGGUCAAUCAAUGUCGACAGAUGGGACUCUUUCAGAUCGAUUCGGCACAGAACAAGGCUUUUCGGAGGGCGCACGGAUACAAUCCAGUGGAUGUAGAGCUAAGGCGCAGGUUCUUGGCAUAUCUCGGAGGUCCUCAGGAGGGCAGCUACCUCGUCAACCCAGCUCACAUGGCCCUAGACAUGCCUGCAAACAUACCAGACGAAGAUCUGUGUAAACCCAAAAAUGGCGGCGGAUCUUUACCAGACAGCGUUCCCACUAUAAUGUCAUACUUUAUUUUCCGCCUAAAACUAUCUAUCUACUGUCGCGAUAUAGUUGACUAUACUUGUCGUGAGCGUUUGGAGGGUGUAGAUGUCCCUUAUAGCAAGAUCAUGGAACUGGAUCAGAAAUGGCAACAAUACAACAAACAGCUUCCAGAAUUCUUCCGCUUGGAUAAUAAUAGCCGCCGGAAAUACGCUCAAGUCUAUGCGGAUGUACCGCAAAUCGCAUGGCAGCGGCUAMUGCUCCAGCAAGCAUCACAUUCUCGUUUGUGUCGCUUGCAUCGCACAUAUUUCAUCCGCGGAGCUAGGGACCCUGCUUACUCUUACUCGCAUAUGACGUGCCUGCAAGCUGCGCGGCGCGUCAUCGAAAUCAAGCGGAUAAUGGAUAAGGAAUUCCCAAAUACACCAAGUAUGACAACAGCGUGGUCUGUAAUGCAUCAUGUCUUCAUGGCGGUAGUGAUAUUAUUGAUGGAUACAUGUUUCAAUUGGGAUGAUAUCUUAGCAGAUCGGCGCAAGGAGGAAAUUCUCGAGGCUUGUCGAGUGCUUGAUAGAGCUCGGAGAAGCUCAAGACUCGUACGCGAGGGCAUCAAUGCAAUGAUGGAUAUCUUGCAGAGUCGCUGGCGGCCUAUGUCGGGUGAUCAGCUGCAUUCUUCGCAACAAGAAGAACUUCCUGCGCAGCGGCAAGAAGAAACGGAUUUCCAUUCAACACGAGAGGUUGAGCACAUUAAUCCACAAAGAAGAAUUGAAAACGUUCCUGCAUCAGCAGACUUAUACUCAUCGGCUGAUGCAGUAAAUGGCGUAUCAUUUGCCGUUGACGCCACGGGAGAUGCGAGCGAUUUCGAGAAUAUGUGGUCUGAAUUUUUGGACAGUGGUGCCAUGAUGGCGAGUAGCCCUAAUGAGUGGAUGGGGUUAUUGUCCGAUUUGACUGAGUCAGCACCUGUUCUAUGA